GGGCGACGCAUCUAAAUUACCUUUACCCAUUGGACCGCUUCUGUACGUUUUGUGUCACGUGUUUACGUCCUCAGAGCUGCUGGUUUGGUGGAUAGAAUGAGAGGAACAGCCGGUACCGGCGGAGAGGGAGGCGGCGCGUUCAUGUUACCUCCUGGGACCCCCAGAUGCCCAUGACCAGAGGACAGAGAGUGAUGCAGCCACAGGGGCCUCCAGCCCCCCAGGGAGCUAUGGAGAAGUGGGACCCCAACCCCCAGGGGAAGCCCCCAAUACCCCAUAAGAAACGCAGCUGGUACCUGGCCUGGAAAUACAAGAUGAGCAAUCAGAGAGCAAUACGAAGGAUGUGCCAGACAGCGGCCGUUCUCUUCCUUCUCGUCACCGUCAUUGUGAACAUUAAGCUGAUUCUGGACACGCGGCGAGCAGUGAAUGAGGUCGUGGAGCAGGAUUAUGAGGACGUGGCUCAGAACGUGGAUUUCCCUCAUCGAGGCUCUGGGGGAAAGAAGGUGCUGGACAUAGAAGUUUACUCCAGUCGCUCUAAAGUUUACAUUGCUGUGGAUGGGACGACGGUGCUUGAAGAUGAGGCCAGAGAGCAAGGAAGAGGCAUCCAUGUCAUCAUCCUGAAUCAGGCAACGGGUCACGUUAUGGCUAAGAGGGUGUUUGACACGUACUCCCCACAUGAGGACGAGGCGAUGGUGCUGUUCCUUAACAUGGUCGCCCGAGGCCGCAUUCUUAUCUUCACAGUCAAGGAUGAAGGCUCGUUCCAUCUUAAGGACACGGCCAAGAACUUGUUAAAGAGUUUGGGGAGUCAGAUAGCGCCGAGUCUUGGUUGGAGGGACAUGUGGACAUUUGUAGUGAAAAAAGGAGGGCAGAUCUAUGGAGAGAAGCAUUCCAAGUCUCCAGCUUUGUCUACGUGGGGAGAUCCUGUUCUGCUAAAGACGGACAUCCAGCUGGUUCCUCCUGAAGAUGCGGAAUGUCACUGGCCGGACACAGAGCAAAACCGCCGGAGGAAACGCUUCUGCAGCAAAGUGGAGGGAUACGGCAGUGUGUGCAGCUGCAAGGACCCUACCCCUAUAGAGUUUAACCCCAUGGCCCUUAAAGAUAACAAAGUGAUCAAUGUGCCGGUGGCAGUGAUCGCUGGGAACAGACCGAAUUACCUGUACAGGAUGCUGCGCUCUCUCCUCUCGGCACAAGGCGUCAGUCCCCAGAUGGUCACCGUCUACAUCGAUGGUUACUAUGAGGAGCCGAUGGACGUUGUGGAGCUGUUUGGUCUGAAGGGCAUCCAGCAUACACCCAUAAGCAUAAAGAAUGCCCGCGUGGCGCAGCAUUACAAGGCCAGCCUGACCGCGACCUUCAACCUGCACCCGGAUUCCCGAUUUGCCGUUGUUCUUGAAGAAGACUUGGACAUCUCUGUGGACUUCUUCAGUUUCCUUAGUCAGACCAUCCAUCUCCUGGAGGAGGACGAAAGUCUGUACUGCAUCUCCGCCUGGAAUGAUCAGGGGUACGAGCACACGGCCGAGGACCCUUCCCUCCUUUAUCGGGUGGAGACUAUGCCUGGGCUGGGCUGGGUGCUCAGGAAAAAUCUUUACAAGGAUGAACUGGAGCCAAAAUGGCCAACUCCAGAGAAGCUGUGGGACUGGGAUAUGUGGAUGCGGAUGCCGGAGCAGAGGAAGGGGCGGGAGUGUCUGAUCCCAGACGUGUCCAGAUCCUACCACUUCGGGAUCGUUGGCCUGAAUAUGAACGGAUAUUUCCACGAAGCUUAUUUUAAAAAACACAAGUUCAACACCGUCCCGAAUGUUCAGCUCUACAACGUUGAAAGCCUAAGAAAGGACGCAUAUGAGAUAGAAGUGCAUCGGCUCCUCAGUCAGGCGGAGGUGCUGGAUCACUCCAGGAAUCCCUGUGAAGAUUCCUCCGUCCCCGACACUGAAGGGAAAACCUACGUCCUGUACAUCCGCAUGGAGCAGGAGAACGACUUCACCACAUGGUCUCAGCUGGCGAAGUGCCUCCACAUUUGGGACCUUGAUGUUAGAGGAAACCAUAAGGGACUUUGGCGUCUUUUCCGCAAGAAGAACCAUUACCUGGUGGUCGGGUUCCCUUCUUCUCCGUACUCGAGUAAGAAGCCUCCGUCCCUGACCCCCAUCUACCUGGAGCCUCCACCCAAAGAAGACGCUGGAGCCGACCAGUCCUGACACUUGUUCUUCAGCUCUCAUGUCCUGGCGCUAUUCUGGAGGACCCUUUUCAUGUUGUGGUGCCAUUCUGGAGGACCCUCCUGUGUCAUGGUGCCUUUCUGGAGGAUCCUUUCAUGUUGUGGCGCUAUUCUCGAGGACCCUCCCAUGUCAUGGCGCUAUUCUCGAGGACCCUCCCAUGUCGUGGCACCAUUUUCGUGUAAUUCCUGCACGUUUUACUGAGCGGUUCUGGUUGUAGCGUUCUGUACUUUGAUGAAUUCUGUUUUUGGGUUUAUCCACUGGAAUAUGUGGUGUCUGGCAGAAAAUGGCGGCGCUGCACUCGUCCGCUGCCGCCGUCGCACUGAUCAGUGAUGAGCGGUUCGGACUGAACCUGAGGGAGUUUCUAACCUCAUUUUAUGGAUUUUCUUUUUGGUGUGAAAUUAUUUAUUGAUAAACGGCCUGAUUGUCCGUGGCUGAUGAUGAUGAUGAUGAUGAUGAGUGGUAGGCCGCAUUUUGUGACGAGUGGUUGGCCGCAUUUGCUGCUGAUGAUGAGCGGUCGGCCACGUCUUGUGAUGAUGAGUGGUCGGCCGCGUAUGAUGAUGAUGAUGAUGAUGAUGAGUGGUCGGCCGCGUAUGAUGAUGAUGAUGAUGAUGAGCGGUCGGCCGCGUAUGAUGAUGAUGAUGAGCGGUCGGCCGCGUAUGAUGAUGAUGAGCGGUCAGCCGCGUAUGAUGAUGAUGAUGAGCGGUCGGCCCGUAUCUGCUGCUGAUGAUGAUGAUGAGUGGUCGGCUGCAUCUGAUAAGCGGUUGGGUGCAUCUGAUGAGUGGUUGGCUGUGUCUUAUGAUGAUGAGCGGUCAGCCGUGUCUGAUGAGUAUUCAGCUGCAUGUGAUGAUGAGUGGACGGCCGCAUAUAAUGAGCGGUCGGCCGCAUAUAAUGAUGCCGAGUGGUCGGCCUCAUCCUGGUUGGCUGCUGAUGAUGAGAGGUCGGCCGUGUCUGAUGAUGAUGAACGGUCGGCCGCGGAUGUUGGUGGUGGUGAUGAUGAUGAUGAGUGGUCGGCCGUGUCAGGUGGUGGUGAUGAUGAGCGGUCGACUGUGUCUGGUGGUGAUGAUGAUGAGUGGUCGGCCGCCGCUGAUGGUGGGUGGUGGAGGUGGUGGUGAUGAUGAUCGGUCGGCCGUGUCUGGUGGUGAUGAUGAGCGUUCAGCCGCAUCUGAUGAUGACUAGGAGCGAUUGGCCACAUCUUGUCCACAGCUGGUCUGCCGUUGCCUGCCUAUGAUCGGUGAUGACCUUCAGUGCCUUAUUGCUGUCAGUCAGAUGGCAUGGGCAGGUGGCCACAUGGUCCUAGUCCUGGAGGGAUGACUUAUGAUCUGGACAUCCCCGCCUCUGCUCUCCGUCAACCGCUCACGUCUUGUGAUGUGACCAGGAUCCAUAUUCAUCCAGCCCGAGGAUUGUGCAGCUGCUCAUUCGGCUUUAUUCACACCAGGCAGAUGUGAACAGAACACAAUACAAUAAGAUUUUUGCUGUGAUCAGAGGUAAGGACGCAUCGCAGUUUACAGGACUAGAGCCUCAGAGGGGGAGGAGCAUAUCCCGGCCUGCCUCCUCCUGCUGACAUCAUGUUUGUGUGACUCAAUAAAAUCCACCAAUGACUUUC